UUUCAACUAUAUAUGAAACAUCUCCUCUGUAGUAUUAGAAUGCAUAACAGAAGCAUCCCACAUGAAAUCUGUUUUGCUUUCCCAACUGUCUAAAAGUAUUUCUGUCCACUUGCUUUCAUGUCUGAAACAUGAUGGCAGUCGAGGAGGGAAGCUUAGACAGAAUUCUCCACCUUCAAUGACAGUAGGAUUGUUCCAGAUAGCCAGUAAGCUACAGCUUCUGUUGCUCCUAGUGCUUUAUAAGUUUUAGCAACCAUAUUGCUCUGCUAAUUUUUCUGUUUAUUUUUCGUCAGCUGCUAUCAUCUGUUAGUUACCAAUUAUUAACGCCAAGAUUUAAUGAUUAAAUACUGUACAUUUUGCAAGUUACUGGACAUACCUUUAGCUAAUUUAACCCUUCAUGUUUUUCGCUGUAUGAAGAAUGUCAUAAAUUUGUACAAUUGUAGUAAUUUUUCUACUGUUCAAUAGAAUCCUUUUAUUGGAAAUGCAGAGGCACGUUACUGCCACCAAGAAAUUUUUUUCACCAUAAACGCUUCACUCAAAGCUAAAUACCAAGUUACAACACACUUUUCAGAUUUGUUUUUGGUGGGGUUUUUUUUUUUUUUUUUAAUUUGCAAAACCGUAGUUGUCUUAAUCGACUUCAGAAUUAUGUACAACUAUGAUGAGAUAGUUGUUGACAUAAAAUUAUGAAAGAUUAUAAUUGACGUUUGUGGGUUUAUGUUGCCAUAAUAGAUUUUUCUCUCCCUAAGACCAUUGUGCUAUUUGGAGAAUGUGGGAAAAAUGUGUGACUUAUUUAUGAUGAUGUAACCACGAUCUGAAACAGAUGAAAAGUAGCAUAUUUACUUCAGGAUUUUUUUUUUUCUCUUUCGCUUUUCACAAAGCUGAUUGGCUCAUUUGUAAUUGGGGUUUUUUAAUGCUUUCAACUGUGACUUUGCAAGUUUUUGUAUAUUUAUCACUAACCGGACAGGUAGCCAAUAAGAGCGCCUUGCCGCACGAGCCCUCGCCUGCUCGGCACCGUUUCCCGCGCGCUUAUUGGACAAGCAGAGGGAACCCCGACGUGUCACACGAGCCGCUCGCGUGCAGGCUGUGAUUGUAUAAAUACCGAGCAGAAGCACUUGUGUCUGGAGUGCUGCAGUUUGACUCGGAGACAGUUCGUACUGCUGUCAUUUGUUAUAGUCAGCUAGCUACCCUGAGAGCUGCCAGGAAACGGCGGGACUGUCGGCCGUUUACUUUUCGGUUGUUUUUCGCUCUUGUGCGAACCUGAAGAUGCCAGCCGGUACUUUCGAAAGAGCAUCUCCGUCUGGCGUUGCGGCUGUCCCGGCAAGAGGCGACUGUACCCCAGGGAAACCCCGCACUCUGGCAGAGAACAGAAAGUCCUCCAAGCCAAUUAUGGAGAAGCGGCGACGCGCGCGCAUCAAUGAGAGCCUGGGUCAGCUGAAGACCCUCAUCCUGGACGCGCUCAAGAAAGACAGCUCCAGGCACUCCAAGCUGGAGAAGGCCGACAUCCUGGAGAUGACGGUAAAGCACCUGAGGAACCUGCAGCGGCUUCAGAUGACAGCGGCUUUAAACACAGACCCAUCCAUCCUGGGGAAGUACCGAGCUGGGUUCAGCGAGUGUGUUGGAGAGGUUACCCGUUUCCUGUCCACGUGUGAAGGGGUCACGGCCGAGGUGAGGACUCGCCUCCUCGGCCACCUCGCGGCCUGUGUGACCCAGAUUAACAUGUAUGGACCUCACCUGGGCGACCUGGGACAGACCAGCGGUACGCAGAUCAGCGCGCCUCUGGGCCUGCGGGACCCCCUCAAGGGUGGCUCACUAUCCACUGAAGCCAUGAAACUGUAUGGAGGCUUCCAGGUGGUGGCAUCUCCAGACGGACACUUUGCGUUUCUUAUUCCCGGCGCAGCUCUCACACCUCUGAGUGUACAGAACAGCCACCAUGUGUCACCUGUCGCACCUGCUGUCACCUCAGACUCUAUGUGGAGACCGUGGUAGGAACCAUGGAGGCGGGAAAAAAAUGACAAUAAGACAAUAAAUCAUAUUUUUUGUUGUACAUUUUGUAAAUACUUUAGGGAAUAUUUCUUAACAGAUUCUUUUAUCUACAUUUAUAUUGGCAUACAUGCAUGGAAAGAGAUAUUUCUCUGUCUCUUUGCCUUAGUCGACAUAUAAAAUGCUGAUUGUUCUUAAAAGCACUGCCUGUUCAUAAAUAAACAAAACAUGUUUAUAAUGUG